CCGGAGCGAGGCGCCAUGGCGGGCGGCGGGCGGGCGGAGGAGGCGGCCGGGCCCGAGGAGGCCAUGGAGCGGCUGGCGGCGGCGCUGCGCCAGCGGCUGCGGGGCUGGGAGGCGGCGCUGGCGGCGGCGCAGCGGCUGCUGGUCUGGGAGAGGCCGCUGCUCAGCCUGGCCACGGCCGGCGGGCUCGGGGGGGCCCUGUGGUUGUUUUCCUCUACUUCUCUGCGACCUCUCUUUCUCCUCAGCAUCUCUCUGCUUGGAAUUCUCUUGCUGGAGAGGUGGAAGCCCAAGUUCCUGUUUGACUUCUCUGCACAGCCCUUGGAGGAGCCGGGAGGGGACAGUGAGAGCGUGACGGCCGGAGCACAGCCUCACCUUCUCAGCGUUCCCGAGCUGUGCUACUGCCUGGCUGAGAGCUGGGUCACCUUCCAGUUGUACCUGCAGGAGCUGCUACAGUACAAGAGGCAAAACCCUGCCAAGUUCUGUGCAAGGGUUUGUUCGGGGUGCCUGAUCCUGGCUAUGGUCGGACACUAUGUUCCAGGCAUAAUGAUCUCCUCCAUCAUCUUGCUCAGCAUUCUGCUCUGGCCACUGGUGGUUUACCAUGAGCUGAUCCAGAGGAUGUACACUCGGCUGGAACCUGUCCUGAUGAAACUGGACUACAGUAUGAAAGCAGAGACCCUGCACCUGAAGCACGAGAAGAGAAAGCGCCAAGGAAAGAGUGAGCCCAUGGCCGGCGAUGAGCCAAUGGCGGAGACUGAGAGUGAGAGCGAGGCGGAGCUGUCUGGCUACUCCCCGGUGGUGGAUGUGAAGAAGACUGCUCUAGCGCUGGCGAUUACAGACUCUGAGCUCUCUGACGAGGAGGCCUCCAUCCUGGAGAGUGGGGGCUUCUCUGUCUCCAGGGCCACCACCCCGCAGCUGACUGAUGUAUCUGAAGACCUGGAUCAGCAGAGCCUGCACAGCGAGCCAGAGGAGUCCUUCGCCAAGGACCUGGCAGAGUUCCCCUCCGUAGAAGAGUAUCAUUCCAGAGACCUGGGGCCACAAAGCGACGAUGAUGCCUUCGGCCUGCCACUGGGCGCUGAGCUUGCCCAUGCUGCCCACGAGCUGGACUCUGUGGAAAAGGAAGCUGUGGACUCUGACCUCUCCGUUCUCCAUCUAGCUUCUCCUCUCCAUUUUGUAAAUACGCACUUCAAUGGGAACGGGCAAGUGGCGCCAGGCAGCACAGAGCCGCAGACUGCUGCGGCCCCCGGCCUGGGCCUUUGCAUCGAUGCACUAAGCGAGGAGAUUGUCACCACUGCCAUCACCACGGUGGUGCAGAACACCCUCUCAGCCUUGCUGCGCUCCUCUGAAGCUAGCGAGGGGCCUUCUCUCUCAGAGUUCCUCCCCACUGAUCCUGAAGAGAAACUGAAUUUCCAGGCACAGCUGUCAGAGACCGAGGUGGUGGGAAUGGAGACUGGCGCUCCGCCGGAGGAGGAGGGGGAAGUGGAUGACUUUGAGCUACUGGAUCAGAGGGAGCUGGAGCAAAUGGAUGUAGAGAUGGGGCUUGGAGGAGAGCCGGAAGUGCAGGAAUCGCCCGUCACUCCAGUUCCAGCUUCCUUCCAGCCCACAUUUUCCGAGCUGCCAAAGCAAGAGGAUCCAGAGGAGGCGGCGUCAGCAGCGUCUUUGUCUUAGGUCAUCUCUGUCGCCCCCUCUUUCCUUGUCCUCCCUGGAAGGAAGGAUGGACAGACAGACUCGUGCAGUGGUGUCCAGUCCGUUUUAGAUAUUCAUGUUGACCAGGAUGGCGCAAAGGCUGUGUUCGUGCGCUGUGUCUGGAAUAACCCAUCCUUCCCAGCCCAGCCUUCCUCGGGCUGAGUGAGGAGAGGAACCAGUCCGCAGUUGUAACACCAACCCCAGCAAAAGCUUCCUAGUGAUGGUGCAGUAUUUUGGUCUGUCUUCUGUUUGUCUUUCGUUUUGCACGCAGGGUACUGAGCUAGAUGUAGCUGCUGCUAUCCCCACAUCCCUGGUAGGACAGAUGCAAUCUUAUUUUAUUGGGUUUUUAAACGGCUAAAAGUGUAAAUAACUUUAACUGUCUUUGAUUGAGCUGGAUGGGGGGAGGGGAAGAAACAACUACUCAGAUCUCCGGGUGGGGGGGAAGAGCAGAGGCAGGCCACUUCCUACCAGCAAGGAAAGGUGUGUGGAUGCAGGAAGGGGCCUGCGAGCCUGAUACCAGAUUGUGGUAUCCUCUCCAUCAAACCAAGCGUCGGGCAUUUCCCUAUGUGUCUGGCCUGAAUUAUGCUCCCUCCCUGCCUUGGAGACCACUGCUGGGAAUGGAGCAGCUUCCAGGGCUGGACCGGUUGCUCCUUGCCCCGGUUCUCUCCUGUCUUUAACUCUGCGGCACACGGAUGGCUCCUCAAACCAUUGUGCUCUAAAUAGGCAUGACCAAGCCAGACCCCCGAGUGCCGCUUCCUCUUGUAUAGUGUCUCACUGUGGCAUCUGGCUGGCUUUCCGGUGGCUUGAGAGGAGUUUACAAACUUGGCUUGUGCAGCAGAGAAGAGUCUUGACUGUUUUGUGGCCCUAGUCCGAGGGGCUGCGCAGACAGUAAUUGUGUGAGAGGGACCCCCCCACACACCCAAUCUAAUUUUUUAGAUGACUAAAGGCUGUUUUUAGGCAGUGUUCUGUAAUCUCUUACUGCACUUUAUGUCCCAAGUGCCCCCCGCCCAAGGCUGGGCCACUACAACUCCACUCUACCACCUGUCCUUGGCUUGUCCCUGCUGUGAGCACUUGGCAUCUCAGUUCCAGUCCCAGCACGGGAUCGUUCACUGCUGCCUGGUGAACCUGCUCCUCCUCUGGCAGGGCUGCCCUAGCUGGGUCUGGGAGUUUUCAGGGCAGUGUGAGGGACUGAAGAGCUGCCUCAGGUCCUGUCCUCUCAAGCAAGCUUGUUGGAAGCACCUCCUAUUCUAGCCCAGUUGGGUACCCGGCGCUUCCUGGGACUGUCCCAGAGUGUACUGUGGACUAGGUUCUGUCUCGCAGCCACAGGCCAUCCUAGUUCUAGUCCCUGCCUGAAAAGGCUCCUGUUGUGUUCCUGGAGCAGGGAAUGGGCAUCCUUGGCCGUAGCUCUGGCAUGGGAAUAAGAGAGGCUCUACUGACUCUCAUGGGGGAGCUGUAAACUGACUUGGCAGCUUGUGCGCACAACCCAGCAGAAAUGUCUCAGCCAGCACGUGAAGGCUCAGCACGUAUCCUAGGCCAGUUCGGUCUAGCUCUGUCUCCGCACAGACAAUGGAGCACUGCAGGUGUAUGUGGAAAGAAUCUUUGUGAAAUGGUGGGCAGCGGAACUUCAGGCUCUGCCUUGGGCAUAUAGGCCAACACGCCCAAGAGCAAUGCUGCCUGGAGUCCUGCCUGUCCUCGCCCCCAGUAAGUACAACCCCUCUCACUUUCAUAACCCUCGUACUGUCUUAAUGUACCCCAGGGUCUGGCUGAGACUGUCCGAGCAGGGAACUCUGUGUCCUCAUUGCACGUAGACCCUGUAGCGUGAGGGUCCUUGGCUAGAGGAAGUGGAGGAACGGGAAUCUUAUCUGCAGGUGAGUCUCAUCUUACAUGCAUUUAACACACAGAAAUUCAGCUUUGCGUGGUCAGCAAAAACAAAAAAAGCAAAAUAACAAUUUCAAUACUGUACCUGUAGUGCUGGUGAUUCUGCCCGCCAUUACACUCAAUGUCAUUUUGACUAUACGCGAUUUUCGCUUUACACGCUGACAGCGGAACGUAACCCCAGCGUAAGAUGAGACUUGCCUGUUUGUACAGGGCUGUUGCAGCCUCUCCUAUCAAUUCUUACUUGGGGUGCUGCAGUCGAGGAACAUAUGGAAAGUGAGAGGCUACAUGGCCGUGGCCACCAGUCCCUGGAAUAUGGGCCCAGGGUGUGAAUCUGUCUAGCCUGAGUGCAGAGGCAGGAUGCCUUGCCAUGCUCCCCUGCCUCCCAGACAGCACUCUCUCUUCCAGGAGCUGAGACUGUCAGCUCGGCACACACCCAGGCGCAGCCCCUUGACUGGAUUUCUCAUAACUGACAGCAGAGCUUUUAAAUCAGCAGCGACUUGUACUUCAGAAAACUCAGCUGAGAUAACCAGGGGAUGGGAGCAGAGGCCCAGUGAUUUCCUUGCUGCACCCCUUGGGCAGCGCAUUUUGGAGAGUUCUCUGGCCCCACGACGGCAGUUGAAGCUGGGCUUCGGCUGUGCUGCUGUGUUGUGUGUGGGCUAAUCCCCCCCUUUCCCUGUCUGUGUGGGACAGGGCAGACUCCAGAGGUGUUGGUAGCUCUGUCACUAUUUGACUGUUCAAAGCAUGGACUCGAUGGACACUUCUCCACUCUGUAUGACUUCUAUGGAAUGCUCCAUUAAGCAGGGGAGUGGUGGCUUGUGGAUCCAUGAAUUUUUAAUGGUAGCCCCUCCUGGCCUCUUUCGAGCUAGGACGAUCUGCUUUCAAAUCCUAGGUUUGGGAAGCGUUAGAUUAUUUAUUGAGUAGAUAAGUAGAGGCACUUCCUGAAAACCUCCUCCUAGCCCAGCGAAUGCCAAACUGGCCCAAAUAGAGCCUGUUCUCACCCCCUUUACCAGAGCAGUGUAGCCCCUAGCAAGCAGUGUCCUUCCUCGGAUAACUCCAUGGCUCAUGAGGGUGGCUGCAGUCUUUGAUGUAAAUUAGAUAAGCUCCUGGUAGGCUGCCAAAGCAAAAUGUCAGCCCCCUUGUCCUGCAUUGCAUUGGGAAUCCCGUGCGCAGCGCAGCAUCCUGCGGGCUACAGGGUUGUGUGCAUGGCCCACAUGGCAGCCGCCCACGUUCAAAUGGUGCUAAUGUUCUAAAAAGCCCCCGCCAAAGUAUCCAGUGAACAGGCUGCCACGUAUCGCUAACCAAGGCAUUGUUGCAUGGUAGGAGCACAAAUGGGUCACAACAAUUUGGUCCCCAAAUUUUCUUUCAGGGUGUGGGGCAGGGAAGGGAUCUUGUAUGCAUGUGCUCAUAUGCCCGCCCUCUCCCUGAGUACUAUGUCCGCAAGAGAACUUGAAGCACCAGUGCUGGUAGCAGCGGGUGGCUUGUCAUUGCUGGUAGGUCUGUAGGAGACCUAAUGAUAAAAAUGUGUUAAUCUCUUCCUAAGAACAUCCAGGAAAGGGGGGGUGAGGGAGUGGGUCCUUGUAACCAGUGUUCAUUCUAUGGCUAUAUUUAAAAGCAAAAUGUAGAAUUUGUAAUAAAAAAUAAAAACAAAAAAAAGUUAGAGGAGAAAGUUCUGGGCAAUAAAGUUUGUUGGCUGUA